AUGUCCAGCAUCUUGCAGUGGGUCGCGGAGAUAGAAAUUCACAGAAUCGGAGUGAGUCAAUCUUCUCCAGUGAAAUGGGAGUUCCUGACUGGUGAAGUUCACUUCACUAAGCCCACGUAUGAUGCAUCGCGAUGUCUUUCCGGCACGUUCCUCGAUCCAAUACCCGAGUACUUUCGAGACCGUACGUUACUGGCCAACGCGGGCGCCCAAAGUGGCGGCACAGAGGGCAGCUCAUCAAAGAUAAAACCGGAUAACGCUGGACCAUCGGCUGUACUCAUUGGGGAUGCAACAUCACAAUCUUUUGAUGCCUCACGUGCCUUGCGGUGUCGAUAUGGCCAGUCUUGUUACGACCCGCACCCAAUACGGAACGGAACCGCCCUUUCCCCAGCAACCUCGACUUCUGUGACCUGUAAUCCUGAGGACGAUGAGCGUUGUACAUUCGGAGGCGAGACAGACAAUUGGAUCAACACAUUCCAAACGCAAGCGGUGGCUAGUGCGGUGAUGCGCCUAGUGCCAACAAAGUCAUGCCAGUGGGUCGUGCAAGACAUGGACCGGUCGAAUAUGGACGAUGACAUGCCCAGGACUCGAGGAACAGCACAGAACAGAAAAGUAUGGUGGAGAAAUGACGUUCUAAUAGCAUUGGGUCUUCAAUCAGCCAUCUACAUGAGGUGGCCGCAGGGCCACUCUCACGGAUGUCAUCACUUUGUCAAAACCUUGGCCCUCCUGAGCUGGGGGGCUGAAACUGGGUCAAUCGAGAUUGAAGGAAAGAUGAAGCCCUUUGCCCAAUGUGGUAACAUCGACCAUCGGUGCUAUCGCACAGGUUUCUCAAACUCUGGGUAUCACGGCACGUAA